CUUCGAAUCAUCGCAUCACCCCACUUUGCGUCUGCCGGAGCUCUGUGACCUCAUCAUGAUGUGAUUUCUCCCCCCUUUUUUUCCCUCCCCGCUUCAUUUCAUCAUUGUUGAACCCGAGGAUGCACAGACAGCCCAUUCAUUGAUUUAUUUAAGUCAACUUUUUUCAGGAUUUCGUGCAGGUUUAUCAUCUCCUCCGUGUUCGCAGCCUGCUCGUGUCGCCCAGCCAUGGCACAGCAGGACGGCGCUGCCCAGAAGAACGCCGCCGCCGGAGCCCUGCAGUCUCACUUCCUCGUGGGGUCCAUAUCGGAGGAGAACUCGGAGGAUGAGAACCAAGGGAAGGCCGACAUGCAGCCAGAGGAGAAGGAUGUCCGCUCGCUGUCGCCGUCUUCCGUUAGCUCCGACAGCACCAGCGACAUGGGUUUCGAUCACAUCGAUGGGCCUAUCCACAAUCUAAGGCCCAGCAUGUCAGGGCUUCACCUGGUGAAACAAGGCAGAGAUCGCAGACGAAUUGAUCUCCAGAGGGACUUCACUGUGGCGUCACCUGCCGAGUUUGUCACUCGCUUUGGUGGGAAUAAAGUCAUUGAAAAGGUUCUUAUCGCCAACAAUGGCAUAGCUGCAGUUAAAUGCAUGCGCUCCAUUCGCCGCUGGGCUUACGAGAUGUUUCGCAAUGAAAGGGCAAUCCGCUUUGUUGUGAUGGUGACCCCAGAAGACCUGAAGGCCAACGCAGAAUACAUCAAAAUGGCAGAUCAUUACGUGCCUGUGCCAGGAGGAACUAACAACAACAACUACGCCAAUGUGGAGCUCAUUCUAGACAUUGCAAAGCGCAUACCUGUUCAGGCAGUGUGGGCUGGAUGGGGUCAUGCCUCAGAGAAUCCCAAACUCCCAGAGCUCCUUCAAAAGCAUGGAAUAGCUUUCAUGGGUCCCCCAAGUCAGGCUAUGUGGGCUCUUGGGGACAAAAUUGCCUCCUCUAUUGUUGCUCAAACYGCUGGUAUUCCCACUUUACCGUGGAGCGGAGCAGGCUUGACGGUAGAAUGGACUGAGGACAAUCAAAAGAAGAAGAUCAUCAAUGUUCCUCCUGAGCUGUAUGAUUGUGGCUGUAUCCAGGAUGUAGAYGAUGGCCUCAAAGCCGCAGAGAAAAUUGGUUACCCUGUGAUGGUGAAGGCCUCAGAAGGAGGUGGAGGCAAAGGAAUCCGCAAAGUCAACUGUGCCGAUGACUUCCCUAAUCUCUUCAGACAGGUCCAAACCGAAGUUCCCGGAUCGCCUAUUUUCGUUAUGCAGUUAGCCAAACAUGCCCGUCAUCUGGAGGUGCAGAUUUUAGCUGAUCAAUACGGAAAUGCCAUUUCCCUGUUUGGCAGAGAUUGUUCUGUGCAGCGGCGUCACCAGAAAAUCAUCGAGGAAGCUCCUGCCACCAUAGCUACGUCUGAUGUGUUUGAGGACAUGGAAAAGUGUGCCGUGAAGCUGGCAAAGAUGGUGGGUUAUGUCAGUGCAGGCACAGUGGAGUACCUCUUCAGCCAGGAUGGCAGCUUCUACUUCCUGGAACUCAACCCCCGUCUGCAGGUGGAGCACCCCUGCACUGAAAUGGUGGCUGAUGUUAACUUGCCUGCUGCUCAYCUGCAGAUUGCCAUGGGUAUUCCUCUCCAUCGGAUCAAAGACAUCAGGAUGCUUUACGGAGUCCAGCCCUGGGGAGACUGUCUCAUCGACUUUGAGAGUUUGUCAAACACCCCCUGUCCCCGGGGACAUGUCAUUGCUGCACGCAUCACCAGCGAAAAUCCUGACGAGGGUUUCAAGCCGAGCUCUGGGACGGUGCAGGAGCUGAAUUUCCGCAGCAACAAGAACGUGUGGGGUUACUUCAGCGUCGCAGCAGCAGGGGGGCUGCACGAGUUUGCCGAUUCCCAGUUUGGACACUGCUUCUCCUGGGGAGAGAAUCGUGAAGAAGCCAUCUCCAACAUGGUAGUUGCUCUUAAGGAGCUGUCCAUAAGAGGGGACUUCAGGACCACAGUGGAAUACCUCAUAAAGCUCCUGGAGACUGAAAGCUUCCAGCAGAACAGCAUCGACACCGGAUGGCUGGACCGGCUCAUUUCUGAGAAGAUGCAGGCCGAGCGUCCUGACACCAUGCUUGGGAUUGUGAGUGGCGCUCUGCACGUCGCAGAUGUCAGUCUAAGGAACAGUGUGUCCAACUUUUUGCAUUCUCUGGAAAGGGGCCAGGUGCUGCCUGCACACACACUACUCAACACUGUAGACGUGGAGCUGAUAUAUGAGGGCAUCAAGUACGUCCUGAAAGUGACGCGUCAGUCUCCCAAUUCAUACGUUGUCAUCAUGAACAACUCUGUAGCGGAGGUGGAUGUGCAUCGACUCAGUGAUGGAGGUCUUUUAUUAUCCUAUGAUGGAAGUAGCUACACUACAUACAUGAAGGAAGAAGUGGAUAGGUAUCGCAUCACAAUUGGGAACAAGACUUGUGUUUUUGAAAAGGAGAAUGAUCCCUCGCUGCUGCGAUCUCCUUCAGCAGGAAAACUCAUUCAGUACACAGUCGAGGAUGGCGGGCACGUGUUUGCUGGCCAGUGUUACGCUGAAAUAGAGGUGAUGAAGAUGGUAAUGACCCUCACAGCUGCAGAGUCUGGUUGUAUCCACUAUGUGAAACGAGCUGGAGCAGCUUUGGAGCCUGGGUGCGUCAUAGCCAAACUGCAACUUGACGACCCAAGCAGAAUACAGCAGGCAGAGCUGUACACAGGGACACUGCCGUCUGUCCAGACUGUAGCUCUGAGAGGUGAGAAGCUCCACAGAGUCUUCCACAACACACUGGAUCAUCUUGUUCACAUAAUGCAUGGUUACUGCCUUCCUGAACCUUUUUUCAGUGCAAAGCUGAAAGAAUGGGUAGAAAGGCUCAUGAAGACCAUGCGUGAUCCGUCUUUGCCACUCCUGGAGCUGCAGGAAAUCAUGACAAGCGUGUCAGGCCGCAUCCCCCCUGCUGUAGAGAAAUCCAUCAAGAAGGAGAUGGCUCAGUAUGCCAGCAACAUAACGUCUGUGCUCUGCCAGUUCCCCAGCCAGCAGAUUGCAAACAUCCUGGAUAGCCAUGCUGCUACUCUUAACAAGAAAUCCGAGAGAGAAGUCUUCUUUAUGAACACACAAAGCAUUGUUCAGCUCGUGCAGAAGUAUCGCAGUGGCAUCAGAGGCCACAUGAAGGCAGUUGUGAUGGAUUUGCUUCGACAGUAUCUGAAAGUAGAAAUCCAGUUUCAGAAUGGACACUAUGACAAGUGRGUGUUUGCACUUCGUGAAGAAAACAAAGGGGACAUGGUCAACGUCGUCAACUACAUUUUCUCCCAUGCUAAAGUCACAAAGAAGAACCUGCUGGUUACWAUGCUGAUUGAUCAGCUCUGUGGCCGUGAUCCCACGCUGACCGAUGAACUUAUGACCAUUUUGACUGAACUCACGCAGCUCAGCAAGACAACCAACGCCAAGGUGGCUCUGCGUGCACGGCAGGUCCUGAUAGCUUCCCACCUUCCCUCCUAUGAGCUAAGACACAACCAGGUGGAGUCUAUCUUCCUCUCUGCCAUUGAUAUGUAUGGGCACCAGUUCUGCAUUGAGAACUUGCAGAAACUCAUCCUUUCAGAGACAUCCAUCUUUGAUGUUCUGCCAAACUUUUUCUAUCACAGUAAUCAGGUGGUCAGGAUGGCUGCCCUCGAGGUAUAUGUUCGCCGAGCAUACAUUGCCUAUGAGCUCAACAGUGUGCAGCAUCGACAACUGAAGGACAACACAUGUGUAGUAGAGUUUCAGUUCAUGCUUCCCACAUCACAUCCCAACAGAGGGAACAUCCCCACUCUCAACAGGAAAAUGCCCACUCCAGUCCCGGACAAUAAAAAAGCCUUGAAAAGAAACUUGCAGUUAUCUAAAGCCCAGGACCUUAAAGUUCAUGAUACGCAGGACAGUGAAUUUAAGGAUGAUCCUGAGAAGAAAAGUACCUCAGAUGGAGAAUCUUUUGACAGGAUGUCAUUCUCUUCUAACUUGAAUCACUAUGGCAUGGUGCACAUGGCCAACGUAAGUGAUGUCCUGCUCGACACGUCUUUUACACCGCCUUGUCAGAGAAUGGGAGCCAUGGUCUCAUUCCGCACCUUCCAGGAGUUCACACGGAACAUCAAUGAUGUGCUGAGUUGCUUUUCUGACUCUCCCCCUACAAGUCCAAUGUUCCCAGAAGGAGGCAAUCCUGUCUUGUACGGUGAAGAAGACAACAAGAGCAUUCAGGAGGAACCUGUCCACAUCCUCAAUGUGGCCAUAAAGACCGACAGCGACAUUGAUGAUGACAGUCUGGCAGCCAUGUUUCGGGAGUUUACUCAGUCAAAGAAAUCACUGCUUUUUGAACAUGGUAUCCGYAGGCUGACUUUCCUUGUGGCACAGAAGGAUUUCAGGAAGCAAAUCAACUGUGAGGUGGAUCAAAGGUUUCAUAGGGAAUUUCCCAAAUUCUUCACAUUCCGUGCCAGAGACAAGUUCGAGGAGGACAGGAUCUAUCGGCACUUGGAGCCGGCGUUAGCGUUCCAGUUGGAACUCAACCGUAUGCGUAAUUUUGCCCUGACUGCCAUUCCUUGUGCCAAUCACAAGAUGCACCUUUACUUGGGCGCGGCCCGCGUGGAGGUGGGCACAGAGGUUACAGACUACCGUUUCUUUGUUCGAGCCAUUAUCCGUCACUCAGAUCUGGUCACAAAGGAAGCCUCUUUUGAAUACCUUCAUAAUGAAGCCGAGCGCCUGCUGCUGGAAGCCAUGGAUGAACUGGAAGUGGCUUUCAACAACACAACAGUACGAACUGACUGCAACCAUAUUUUCCUCAACUUUGUCCCUACAGUCAUCAUGGAUCCAUCAAAGAUUGAGGAGUCCGUGCGCUCCAUGGUGAUGCGUUACGGCAGCCGUCUGUGGAAGCUUCGUGUCCUGCAGGCUGAGCUGAAAAUCAACAUCCGCCUGACUCCAACAGGAAAGCAAAUUCCCAUCCGCCUCUUUCUCACCAAUGAAUCAGGCUACUAUCUAGAUAUCAGCCUGUAUAAGGAGGUCACUGACUCCCGAACGGGACAGGUGGGGCCCAAAGACCGACAGAUAAUGUUCCAAGCAUAUGGAGACAAACAAGGGCCCUUACAUGGAAUGCUCAUCAAUACUCCUUAUGUCACCAAGGACCUGUUACAGUCCAAACGCUUUCAAGCACAAUCUCUGGGCACCACCUAUGUUUACGACUUUCCCGAAAUGUUCAGACAGGCUUUGAAAAAGCUGUGGCACUCUAGUCAGGCUUAUGCUUACUUACCCAAAUGCCCUCUUCCUUCUGAGCUGCUCACCUUUACUGAGCUGGUUUUGGAUGCUCAGGGUCAGCUGGUGCAGAUGAACCGACUCCCAGGGGGAAAUGAGAUUGGUAUGGUGGCAUGGCGGAUGACAUUGCGAACUCCAGAGUAUCCAGCAGGACGUGAAAUCAUAGUGAUAAGUAAUGAUAUCACUCACAAGAUUGGGUCCUUUGGACCCCAGGAGGACGUGUUGUUCCUGCGAGCUUCGGAGAUGGCGAGAGAGUGCAGCAUCCCUCGUAUCUACAUCGCAGCCAACAGCGGCGCCCGCAUCGGCCUGGCGGAGGAAAUCAGACACAUGUUCCACGUGGCCUGGCAGGAUCCAACUGAUCCUUACAAGGGUUUCAAGUAUCUCUACCUCACCCCUCAAGAUUACAAAAAGGUCUCCGCUCUAAACUCUGUACAUUGUGAACAUGUAGAAGAUGAGGGAGAAUCCAGGUACAAGAUUACAGACAUCAUCGGAAAAGAGGAAGGUCUGGGUGUUGAGAAUCUGAGAGGGUCUGGAAUGAUUGCAGGAGAGUCUUCUCUGGCUUAUGAGGAGAUAAUCACCAUGAAUCUGGUCACGUGUCGAGCCAUAGGUAURGGAGCUUAUCUUGUGAGGCUCGGACAGAGAACUAUUCAAGUGGACAACUCUCAUAUUAUCCUUACAGGAGCAGGGGCCCUCAACAAGGUCCUGGGCAGAGAAGUUUACACAUCCAACAAUCAGCUUGGUGGCAUUCAGAUAAUGCACAACAACGGUGUGACCCACAGCACUGUCUGUGAUGAUUUUGAGGGAGUUUUUACUUUGUUGCAGUGGCUGUCCUACAUGCCCAAGUGUAUGUCUAGCCCGGUACCCAUCCUCUGUGCAAAGGAUCCCAUAGAUCGGGCAGUAGAGUUUGUACCGACUAAGACUCCUUAUGAUCCCCGCUGGAUGUUGGCAGGACGUCCCAACCAGAAUCCAAAGGGUUCGUGGCAAAGCGGUUUCUUUGAUCAUAGCUCUUUCAUGGAGAUCAUGCAGCCUUGGGCUCAGAGCGUGGUGGUAGGCAGAGCCAGACUGGGUGGGAUACCCACUGGUGUUGUUGCUGUUGAAACCAGGUCCGUGGAGUUGUCAAUUCCUGCUGACCCGGCUAAUUUAGACUCUGAAGCAAAGAUCAUCCAGCAGGCAGGACAGGUGUGGUUCCCAGACUCUGCUUUCAAAACAGCCCAGGCCAUUAAGGACCUGAACCGAGAGGGCUUACCUCUCAUUGUUUUCGCCAACUGGAGGGGCUUUUCUGGAGGAAUGAAAGAUAUGUAUGACCAGGUGAUAAAGUUUGGGGCCUACAUAGUGGAUGGGCUGAGGGAGUACAAACAGCCAGUUCUGGUUUACAUCCCCCCUCAGGCUGAGCUGAGGGGAGGCUCCUGGGUGGUCAUAGACCCCACCAUCAACCCCCGUCACAUGGAGAUGUACGCCGACAAGGACAGCCGAGGAGGGGUGUUGGAGCCUGAAGGAACGGUGGAGAUCAAGUUUAGGAAGAAGGACCUGGUGAAAACCAUGAGAAGAAUAGAUCCUGUCUACAUGGUUUUGGCUGAGAGACUGGGAACUCCAGAACUGAGCCCCGCUGACCGAAAGGAACUGGAGACUAAGCUUAAGGAGCGUGAGGAGUUCUUGUUGCCCAUCUACCAUCAAGUGGCCGUGCAGUUUGCAGACCUCCACGACACGCCGGGUCGCAUGCAAGAAAAGGGUGUCAUCACAGACAUCCUCGAAUGGCAGACGUCACGUCAGUUCUUCUACUGGCGUCUGCGGCGUUUGCUGCUGGAGGACACGGUGACGAAAAAGAUCCAAGCAGCCAACAGCGAGCUGACAGAUGGGCAGAUCCAGGCGAUGCUGCGCCGCUGGUUUGUGGAGGCCGAGGGGACCGUUAAGGCUUAUCUGUGGGAUAACAAUGAAGAAGUGGUGGGAUGGCUGGAGAGGCAGCUAGCAGAAGAAGAGGGCGCAAGAUCCAUUAUUGACGAAAACAUCAAGUAUAUCCGCCGAGAUCACCUCCUCAAGCAGAUUCGCAGCCUCGUUCAAGCUAAUCCCGAAGUAGCUAUGGAUUCCAUUGUUCACAUGACCCAGCACAUCUCACCUACGCAGAGAGCCGAGGUGGUGCGUAUCCUAUCCACUAUGGAGACGUCAGCCUCCUCCUAACAGCCUCUAAUCACCCUCACUGGCUGGGACGCAGCUCGGUACCCGACGGCAGCCAGGAGAGCCCAGGCUCAGCCAGCUCUGCUCCUCUCUGAGARCUGGGCUGGAAACUGAGGCAAGAGGAGCCAAUGUGACGGACCCCUGGCAGCUGCCAGGUUACUGAUGAAUUGUUGGCAAUGAUUCUCUGCAAGAUUUUAGGUGAUUGGCAUUAGCUAUUGUAAAUGAGCUUGUGUGUGUUAGUUUUCACUUAGGUUUGUGAAUUUUUGGUUUUAAGUGCAGUUUCAAAAAGACAUUGUGAGUUACAUUGUGACUAGUAUUUAAAAAUGUGCUAAGAGUUUACAAAGAAGGCUUGAAAGGAUGCUUCCAUAUUAAUCACUGGCUUCCAUCCUUUUGACCUGGAGUGUGCACAGUAAUAUUUUUAGCCCUGAUAAAAUGCACCUUGCUUUGUGACAUAUGCUUGUUAAGAUUUACAAGUGUUUUGAUGACAAGCUCACCGCUGACAACACAUCACCUGGGGAGUUUGCCAAAAUGGGCCGAGGGGGUGUUGCUCGACUAAAUGAGAAGCACUUAGUUACUGAACAAAGACGGGGAACACUAAAGCAGAUUUUGGCCGAGGUCGCCCAGCAGGGAGCGGGGACAAGGGUCCCUUUUAGACCCCGACUGUUUCACAGUUACCCUGCAGUGAGCAGUGGGCACCUCGCCUCACAACAAAACCACAGCUGUCCCUUCUGUUCUCACGCCACACAUGCUGCUUAACAGGCACUUUAGUGCUUACUGUUCCCUCACACUGCAGCCAGAAUCAGACCUGCACCGUUUGCACUGCUGCAGAUCCCAGACAAACAUGGAAAGGUGCGCACGCACAAAGUGACACAAACUGUAACGCGCACAGAACGAAUCAAAGCUUGAAUAAGAAACGCAAAUGGAUACAUUUACAGUGGAUAAACGGCAAAAUAAUUACUUUUUAGAACAUAGUUGUAGUUGCUUUUGCACAUUUGAGCACCACAACAGCUUUAGAUCUUUAACCAAAGAUACUUCAGUGAAUUUACUUAGUCAAUAAAUAUUAAUAAAUAUUUAUCCUAAAAUAAACCCUGCUCUUCACCUGAACAUGUUAGACGUUGGUGUCUGAUUUUAACUCAAUUCCAUUAAUAUGUUUAUAUUUAUAGUUAUGUUUCUGAAUUGUUACUUAUUAAUAAUUCCUGAAGGCAAAAAUCUGAAUUACAUAUUACCGUUUUGAGUUUGUUACUAAAAGGCAAGAAAACACUUUCAUAAAAAAACAUAUCAAAACAACUUUGCAUUGUUUUUACUUGUUUGUUUUUGUUGAAAUGCUACUGAAUUUGUAGACAGUUUUGUGCCUUCUCUGUGUUCAUAUUCAACUGUAGACCAGAUGCUUCAUAAGUAACGUUUUUGUUAUUUUUAUUUUUAAUUUUUUUUUUGUCUAAGGAUGGAGUUAAGUUGAUGAGUGAUAAGCUCUAAAUGUCCUUAACUCUAAUAAAGCUUAUCAACUUGG